CGCCAAGUUGGGCGGUGGUUGGAGGACUCCAGGGAUCCGUCACUCGGGGACUCCCGCCCCCUAUUUCUUCCUGGCUGCCGGCGACGGAACUGAGCUGAGCGUUUGCGGGCUGCUGGGCAGUAGGUUGAGCUCAGAUUCCAAAUGAAAAUGUUUGAGAGCAUUGACUCUACAGCCACAAGAUCUGGCCUGGACCUUUGGGCUGAAAUUUGUUCCUGUCUGCCACAACCUGACCAACAGGAUGGUGCCAGCAAUGCCUUCUCAGACUCCUUUAUGGAUUCUUAUCCUGCAGGCGCAGGCCAGAGGGAGGCCCCAGACUUUGCUGUGCAGUCAGCUGAAAAGCCUUGGGCUCCCUUGCAGGAUUCAGAAGUGUAUUUAGCCUCUCUAGAAAAGAAACUGAGAAGAAUCAAAGGUUUAAAUCAGGAAGUGACUUCCAAGGACAUGCUUCGAACCCUGGCCCAAGCAAAGAAGGAAUGCUGGGAUCGGUUCCUCCAGGAGAAGUUAGCAUCAGACUUCUUUGUGGAUGGACUUGAUUCUGAUGAGAGCACCUUGGAACAUUUCAAGAGGUGGCUUCAGCCAGAUAAAGUAGCCAUCAGUACAGAGGAGGUCCAGUAUCUGAUUCCUCCAGAGUCACAGGUUGAGAAGCCAGCGGCCGGGGAUGAGCCAGCAGCAGCGGAACAAUAAAUUACACACGCACACGCCGAGCAGCUGUCUUGAGUCCAGAGGGAACAGCUGAGAUCUCGGCAGCAAGCGCAUCAAGGAGAAAUCUAGGGAGGGAAAAAAGCCCAGCCUUCCACUCCGCCAAGCAAGCAGCCACGGGCCCCCGAGAACUUGCUGGGGGCUGGCACGUGUGACUGUCUUGGGUAAAGUGACUGAUCCAGUGUGUGCUGGAUCAAAAUACCGCCUUUCUCUCUGUCUCACAGCUCGCCUGAGCUCUGUCGCUGCAGGUGAGAAGUCUGCCAAGAAUCCAGUGAAGGACCAAGUGUGAAAGUAUUUGGAGAAACAGAUGCCCUUGUGUAUAAUGUAUAAGUUAAGUGAGCCGUGUUUUUUUUGCCUCUUCUGUAUGUUCCCACCUGUGUCCCAAGCGUUCCCUUGAUAAAUUGUCAAGGGUGCCUGGGGCCAAAGAGGUUAAAGUCUGCUUCCUUGAAUCCAAGCUCCAUCUGGGGCUUCUCUGACAAGUCCAUAAUAAAUAUAGUGACUUUAGGAAAAGAGGCUGGGUUUUCCUUCAUCUGAUGUGUUCCUUGUGGGGAAGAUGGAUGAAAGAAGUGUGAAAAUGUGGGUGUUUCUAUGUGUAUAUGUAUUUUUUUUUCAUGCAUGGUUUCUCCCCUAACUUCCUCCUGCACU